AAAUCCAAAAAAACAAGUUAUCAUAUAUGCUAACACAGAGAAUCCUAACACAUGGCAUUAGAUGCAAUUGUCUUUCCGCAUGGCCCCUUCGGCUGCAGCUUGAAGGAGAUGUAUAGCUUCCAAGGAGACUCAUGGGGUUGGGAGCUUGCUGAUCAGCUGGUAGAAGAUGACAAGAAGCAAACUUUAUACUGGGAGGCUUCUUGUUCCUCAAUGCGGCAGGGAUUGGAGCACUGGAAUGUGAGCUCCUCGACGGCGCCGGAGGUGGAGGUAGCUGCCUCGGCAGCGCUGGCCACGCUCCAAAAGGACGAUGUCAAGAAAAGAGCAUCAAAUAUUAAUUAUGGACAAAGGAAGAGACGACGAAGGCAGCGUAUGAAGAACAAAGAGGACGUGGAGAACCAGAGGAUGAUUCACAUUGCCGUCGAACGCAAUCGUCGCAAGCAAAUGAAUGACUACCUUGCUGUUCUUCGCUCACUCAUGCCUUCCUCCUACGUCCAAAAGGCUGAUCAAGCCUCCAUCAUAGGCGGCGCCAUCAACUUUGUAAAGGAGCUGGAACACCUCGUCCAAUCUCUCCAAGUCCAUAAACAGCUAAAGCAACAGCAGGAAGAGAACAGAGAUCAAAAUCUCUCUACCGCUAAUCUGCUUGCCAACUUCUUCAGAUUCCCUCAGUUUUCCUCAACAGCCACAGCUGCCUCCGCUGAAGCCAUUGCUUCCACUACUAUCAAAUCUUCAGAACUCGCCAUGGCGAAGCCAUCGGCAUUGGCCGACAUCGAAGUGACGAUGGUGGAAAGCCAUGCCAACCUCAAGCUGUUAUUAAAGCAACGCCCGAAACAGCUCCUCAAGCUGGUGAUCGGCCUCCAGAAUCUCCGCCUCACUGCAACCCACCUUAACGUUACCACCGUCAAGCCAAUGGUUCUCUACUUCUUUGGCCUCAAGGUGGAAGAGGACAGUGGACUGGCUUCGGUGGACGACAUCGCGUCUUCGGUGCAUCGGAUGCUGGAGAAAAUCAUUGAGGAAAUUGGAUUCUAAGCUCGUCGAUCUGCACUCUUCGAUUCCAUCUAUGUUUUCUUUCUGCUGAUCACCAUCCGUUCAGUAAUGGCUGCUUUGCUGUUAGAGGCGAUAUUUCUAUACCAAUAAAUAAGUCAAGGAUUAUCUCUAAAAUAUUAUGAUAUAUUGUCUUUAUUAGGAUAGUUUUGUACUUUGUACUUAGUAUCCUAAUUUCUCUCCAAUGUCAAGUUGUAUAAAUCUGAUAACAUUCAAUGGAGAAAUACAGCAUUUCAAAUUA